AAGAAAAAAAAUGUAACAUUAUAAAUUUUGAUUAGAUUUUAUAUGUUCAAUGAUUUAAUAAUCUUUACAGUUUCUUAAAAGUUUAUGAUGUCAAAGUAAUCUUAUCUACUUUAUUAACUGAUCCAUCUAAAACAUGAGGUUUCCAGUAUAUAAAUAUGCGAUAAUUGCUUACGGAUCUCAUUGUCAGUGUGAUUAUCUACCACGAUGAACUUUGCAUUAGCAUUAUUUGCCGUCUUGGCCGUUAUCGGUUUAGGUCAAACUCAUCAGUUUCCAAGUUUCGGCAAAGGUCCUCUUCACGAAGAUAUUCAGGACAUUCUGGACUUAGUUCCUGCUAAAGACAUCAAUGAAGUAUUUUUGGAUUAUUAUGCGGAUGAUUCUGAAGUAAAAGCUGCUUUUGAUUAUCUUGUAUCAACAACUAUUAUCAAAGAUCUAAUGAUAGAUUUUGAAGCUAUCCCAGAAGUAAUCAACCUUUUCAACUAUCUGUAUAAAGAAGGCGUCGAUAUUUAUUACUUAAUAAACGAAGUUAACAAAGCUCUCGACAUCAAGGAACUCGAACCUCCUUCUCAUGUGCAUUCUACGAUCAUGAAGAAAACUGGCGCCGGAAUUGCCGGGCUUUUUAAAGACAUCAAUAAAGUGCUUCCUUUUGAGGACUUUAUUCACAUCUACGUGCAGAAGAUAAAAACUUCUCCAGCUUUCGUCAGUUUCGUCAAUCAACUCAAGUCCGAUAACUUCCAACAAAUUGUUAAUCAAUUCUACGACAUAAAUUCAAUUCAAACCAUUCAUACUUUCCUUAAGAGCAAAGAUGUAAAUACGCAGAUCGUAGCGGACAUCAUGUACAUCGUUCUCGGCAUUACUGUACCGAACAAUCUAGAUUACGUUCAUGUUAUUCUAUGAUAGAUGACAAGAUUUUGGAUUUUUGGAAUCUUAUUUUAAUAAAAGAAUAAUAAAACAAUACAGCUAU